GACAUUCAAAAUGAUCCUCGGUUUGCAAUCGUCAAUGAGCCUUUUAAAACGGAAUGUCAGAAAGCCAACUAUCUGGAACUGAAAAACCGAUUUCUCGCGCGACGUUUUAAAUUACUUGAACAGGCACUGGUGAUCGAAGAACAAUUACGUCGAGCGGCUCACCUUAACUUAGCAUGUGAUCCAACGGAUAAUAUACAAAAUCUUAAUCGGCGCUUCAUUGAGCUCGAAUGUCUGGCCAAUAGCCAGCAGGGUCUUUUUGACGAAGCUUUGACGGGAAAUAAGAUUCUAGUGCCUGUUCUCCACAAAGGUAAUUAUUUUUCAGUUAUCACAUCCUUUGCCAACACUUAG